AUGCAAGACCUGCGAUUGACUACCGACCACUCCUGGGUGCACCACGCCUCUUACCCAAUGACAGUGAACAAACACAAGCCAUGGAUUGAGACAUCUUACCAUGGGGUGAUCACUGAGAACACUGACAUCGUACUGCUGGAUCCGCCCCUGGUGGCCCUGGACAAAGACGCUCCAAUCCCCUAUGCAGGAGAGAUCUGUGCAUUCAACAUCCACGGCCUGGAGGCUCCAUUUGAGGCGGUGGUGCUGAACGGUACGUCUGGUGAGGGUCAGCUGAGGGCGCGCGGCCUGGUCGACUGCGAGCUGCAGAAGGAAUACACCUUCAUCAUUCAAGCGCACGACUGCGGUUCAGGCCCCGGGGGCACAGAGGGCAAAAAGUCUCACAAGGCCGUGGUGCACAUUCAGGUCAACGAUGUGAAUGAGUUUGCUCCAGUCUUUCGAGAGACACAGUACCGAGCAGCAGUAACGGAGGGGAAGAUUUACGACAGCAUCUUGCAGGUGGAAGCGACUGACCAGGACUGCUCCCCGCAGUACAGCCAGAUCUGUAACUACCAGAUCACCACCACCAACACGCCCUUCGCUAUUGAUCGAAAUGGUAACAUCCGGAACACGGAGAAGCUGAUCUAUGACCACCAGCAGCAGUAUGAGAUCCAGGUGACGGCGUGGGACUGUGGCCAAAAGAGAGCCUCGCACAGUGUUCCUGUCCGCAUUGACGUCAAGCCUGUCUGCAAACCUGGCUGGCAAGGCUGGAAUAAGCGAGUGGACUAUGAGCCAGGAACAGGAAGCAAGCAGCUGUUUCCUAAGAUGCACCUGGAGACCUGUGGUGGGCCGCUGUCAUCAGUAAGGACCACGGUGGAGCUGCAGACCAGCCAUAUCGGAAAAGGCUGCGACAGGGAGACCUACUCGGAGAAAUCUCUACAGAAACUCUGUGGGGCGUCCUCAGGCAGCACUGACCUUCUUCCUGCCCCAAGCGCUGCCACCAACUGGACGGCCUCCCUGGUGACUGACAGUGGCAGAGACAGCGACCUCAUCUUCAGGUUUGACGGGCGUCAGGCAGCAAAAAUCCCUGACUGGGUGGUGCCACAGAAUCUGACGGAUCAGUUCACCAUCGCAACCUGGAUGAAGCACGGGCCCAGUAUUGGACUCAGAGCCGAGAAGGAGACGCUACUGUGUAACUCAGACAAAACAGAGAUGAACCGUCAUCACUACUCACUGUAUGUCCACAAUUGCCGCCUGGUGUUCCUGCUGAGGAGAGACUUCACGCAGGUGGAUACCUUCAGACCAGCUGAGUUCCACUGGAAACUGGAGCAGAUCUGUGACAAGGAGUGGCAUUACUACGUCAUCAACGUAGAGUUCCCAGUGGUGACGCUCUAUGUGGACGGAGUCACCUAUGAUCCCUACCUGGUGACUGACGACUGGCCGAUCCACCCCUCUCAGAUCGACGUGCAGCUCACAGUCGGAGCAUGCUGGCAAGGUGGAGAAGUGACCAAGCCGAGGUUCACUCAGUACUUCCGUGGAAGUUUAUCAGGACUCACCAUCCGACCAGGGAAGAUCGAGAGCCAGAAAGUCAUUUCCUGUCUGCAAGCCUGCAAAGAAGGACUGGACAUCAACUCCUUAGAGAGUCUGGAUAAGAACAUAAAGUUUCACUUCAAUCCAGCCCAGUCGAUCUUGGUAAUGGAGGGAGAAGACUUGGAGAACAUGAAUGCUGCUGUGAGGAAAGUCUCCUACAUAAACUCUCGUCAGUUUCCUACACCAGGCAUCAGACGUCUGCACAUCUCCACUGAUGUCCAAUGUUUUGGUGAAGACACCUGUAUCACCAUACCAGACAUUGAUGCAGUGGUGAUGGUGUUACAGCCCAGUGAGCCAAGGAUAACCAUCAGCGGGGUGGAAAGACUGAAUCGACCGGCCUCUGACCUGAGAGCAGCAGGGGGUGUAGCUCUGUUCCAGGACCUUCACAUCAUCAGCACGGUCACCAGAGCAGACACCACCACACAUCACACAGCACGUCGACCCGGGGUGAUGGAGGAGAUCAUUCAUAACUUGGACUACUGCGAUAUCCUGGUGCUGGGAGAGGAGCUGAGACCAGAUCAGGAGUCCCUCCAAUUACAGCGCAGCAUUCUAUUGGGGAAACACCUGGACGCCACAAACUCCACAUCUGGCAUGUCCAUAUAUGGUGUGGACUCCAUGUUCAACUAUGAGCAGGUGAUCCGACAGGUGCGUUACUACAACUGGCAGCCUGGACUACUAACAGAGAGAAGGUUUCGCCUCACAUGCUCGGAGCUUAACGGACGUUACACCAGCAACGAGUUCAACCUGGAGGUGAGCAUGCUGCACAGUUCAGAAGCUGGGGAACACAUCAAUCACAUGGUAGCCCCGCCCCAGUACAUGCAAGUGGUCCACCAUCCAUCCAUGAUGCAUGACUUGUACCCAAACCACAGCUCAGGUGUGCCGAGUGCUGCCACUGUGGUUAUUGUGAUGUGUAUUGCUGCUCUUGUGGUGGUCGUAGUGCUGGGAAUCUACCGCAUCCACCUGACCCACCAGCAGGAAGUGAAGCUGGAGGAGACGGCCAAAGAGGAGGAUGUGACCUGGGACGACUCAGCUCUUACGAUCACAGUGAACCCCAUGGAGAACCUGCAGGAGCCCCAGGCUGCAGAGGAGGAGGCCAGCGAAGAGGAGGAAGAGGAUGACGAAGAAGAGGAGGAGGAGGACGAUGAUGAGGAAGAGGAGGAGGACGAUGACAUCACCAGUGCUGAGUCAGAUGACAGCGAGGAAGAAGUGGACGUCCAGCUACCCAGGAUGCAGCGUCAGAGCAAGAAGGGCCAAAGCUGGGACAAAGCAACAAUAUCUUACUGAAACACUAACACUAAAAAAACACUCACAUACACAAAUUACCUACACAUUCAUACAGAGGGUUGAAACAAAAAGACUUUAAGUGAUGUUGAUGCUCUAAAAAUGAGGUUAUAUCUCCCCCUACUGGAAGACUACACUCACACACACACUCACACGCAUACAUACAGACACAUUGCAAUGAUUUAACCUUAGCCUUCUCAGAAAGCCUCCUGUUUUAUACAGUUGAUAAAAAAAAAAAACAUUACAUGACAAAAAAGCUCAUCAAUCAAAUAACUUUCACCUUCUUAAAGAGGCGGCGUCAAAUAAUCUCUCUUCAAUGACAGGCUACACGAAAACUGAUCCUGAAGUUUUAUCACUCAGUGCGUUUACAUGCAGUAAGGAAAGUAAAAUUGUUGUGUUAGUCUGUCUAAACCUGGACUUUUAAGAUGCAGGAAAGCAUGUUUGUGUGAUUCAAAUGAAGAUCCAUUUUCUCUUGGAUGUACACCACAAUCAGUCCAGACUGGACUAUGGUUCUGCACAUGCUCCACAGUCUCUUUGCUGGGCUCUGACUUGGAAUCUGAACAAAAUAACAGCUUAAGCCUGGCACAGAAUAAAACAGUAGUUCUCAACUGGUACAGCAUCCCCUUCUUAAUGACAAAUCAUAACCCAAAUUUCUCUUUUUUUUUUUUACAAUAUUUUAGGAAAGUGGGGCAGUUUGAACUUGAGGUGAAGCAAAAUAUGAGACAGAACAAACUCUUAGAGACAAAUUCAAAUUCAAAAUAAAGGUACAUCAAAAUUUUUUGCCACAUUUUUUUCUGGCACACUUCUGCAACCCACUGAAAAUGGCUUUGCAACCCACAUUUGGGUCCUAAACUAUCAUUUGAGAAUCAAGGCACAGAAACUGUUUUUUUAUAAUGUGAAAGACCCCAAAUAAUAAUAGGUUCAAGCUUUUUUUUCUUUUUUUUUUUUUGAAGGAGUGUGGUGUGCAACCAGAUGGCCAACACAGCACAGCACACAUAUAUACUGUAUUAAUUCACCACCAACCAGUCUGCUUUCUCAAAACUCAACAUUUCAUGCAGACAAGUACACUCCCAUGUCAGUUAGACUGAGGUCUAACAGCACAUGUUGUAUUCACACUUGUAUUGUUGCCACAGAUCAGAAGUUGCUCCUCCAUUUCUGAUGUCCAUCUACUUUUUGCAAUAGCUGGGUUUCUUGUGUUUCCUCCCUCGGUCAGUCUCUGAUUCCAUAUAACAAUCCUUUGCUGACUGUGGUUGGAAGGGAGAAAUCAGGCUGCAGAUUGGCACAGUUAUCUUAUAGUGUGUGCCAGGCUUGGAGUCACAUUGUCCCCUGCCUUAACACAUCACUGUAAGCUAGAAGUGCAACAGUCAUCUCACUUGUACUGAAAGAAAUGCACAGAGAGGGUACAAAAUAAAUGGAGCUGUAAAAUGUGUCAAUGUCUUCAAUGAUGCACAUGCAGUCAGUUAGCUUCUUGCUAACUUCUUAUCAUGUUUAAGUGAAUGCUCCACAGUGUCUGGGUUGGAAUUUGACCUGCCAUUUCAAUUAGCAUAGAUGAUAAGCCUUGUAAAUAUUGUUGUUGCCUGCCUUUUUAACAUCACCUUAAAUUAGAGGGUUAGUGUGCAUUACAUUUGGGCCAAAGUGAAGCAUAAAGUUUGUCAAAGUAUACAGAGCUGUAAACUUGUCCAUGCUGUCACCAUUUGACAAGCAACUGGUUAGCUGCUUGCUAACUUGUUAGCAAAAUCACCUAGAAGAAUGUCCAGAGUCAGGUCAGGUCAGGUAUGGGGAGCAUAUGCAGUUUGGCACUUCACUGCAUCAACCCUGACCUUGUACUGCUCCAGUCUUCUAAUGGCCAUCAUCGAGGCUUGCACCAGGCCCAUGCCCCAUCUCAUGAUGCAUGCAUCUGCCCCUGAUGUCUGGUUCGUCCCCAGAGGGUCCCGUGCAUCAGGUGCCUGUCGAAGCAUAGCUGCGACUCCCACAUCCAGCAGCUGACCCGUCCCAUCCCUGCCACCCUAGCCAGCAUUAGACACAUGGACUUGCCAACGGUACCCAAAAAUGCGCCAAAGAGAAGUUGUCACAAAGCUACCAGGCCUCGCAAGACUAAAGUAAGACGAGAAGGACCAAGGGCUGAAAGACUCAGACUUUCAUCAGAUACGGGGGGUGGGCAAACCUGUCAUCCCAUGUGCAGUCGGUCAUGUGCCCCAAGGUCAAUAUUAACUCAGUGAAAUUGGGAAUACUGCCACCUACAGUUAUGGACUCAGACAUGCUUCAGUCAAAAAGUUAUAUCUCCCAACUUUCUUUGUACACUGAGACAAGGACAGUAGUCUGAAUAAAUUGCCC